GGGACGAAUUAAUUGAAUAUUAACAAUAAUGCAAACGGAAUCGCUGAACAAAACUUGGAGUGAUGAUAAGCUCAAGGUUCGGGAUGGAAAACUAAGAAGACCAAGCAACAAUCAUCAUGUGGUCCCUCUGGGCAUACUUGUUGUGCUUUCUACCAUAUAUCUAAUGAUCGCUGGACUCCAGAUUAACUAUGUCUACUACUUCAAAUCUGGCGUUGAUGCCGUCGAAAUUUCCAAGCAAAGUGAUUCGCAAGAGCCCUAUGUUUUUCCACCCGAGGAAAGGAAUUUUGAAGAGCCGCCGUUGUGCCGAAAACUUGAAAUAUUCUCAAUCCAAGAACAGACUUCUCGUCGCUCGUCUAAAAGGCAAAAAUUAAAAAUUUUAAAAAAUGGGAAUGGUCUUGCGACUGGUUCAAGGCCAAGCAAAACUUUGGCGGCACACAGAAAGAGGGAUAUUGCCAAAAAGUCAAAUACAGCAGAACCGAUUAUCUAUUUAUUUGCUUUAGUAUUUAUUUAUCUCUUGCUAAAAGCCGCAUCUGACAUCAAUCAGCAUUACAAAUCGAGCAAGGGGGAUAAGAGAUUGCGUCGUUGUUCCCUGCAAUCCUAUGCACAGAAAGACCAGAGAAGCGCUCACUUGGAUCGGCGGGCAUCUAAAGUUGCUCCGCUGCAAAGUAGACAGCACAUUUUUUCAGAAGUCCGCUCGGUAUCUCUGGAUCGGUGUAAACAAGAAAAUGGUGCAUCGCUCAAGAUACGAAAGCAGAUCUCAAUUGGUGAUGCAUCGAGGACUUAUCAAGCGCCAAACAAAUAUCCUACUGAGUUGCAAAGAGGUCGCCGCUUAUCGGUUCCAAUCAGCAUUAACUAUCAGACCAUAAACAUGUCGCCAAUUGUCCAUCCCGAGCUUGCCCGUCGCGGCUCCGUUAUAAGUCUUGGCAGUCUGCAAGACAUAAACACAACGAUACCGGGCACGAUUUCGACCUCAACGCCAGAUGCCAAGCGGCGAGUUCGCAUGAUAAACCGUCAUUAAACCGUCAGGGAUGAGUGAGAAAGUAAAAAAGAAUGCAAUUUAACGAAUUUAAAUCUCAAAACUCGAAUGCCAAAAAUGAAAUGUUGAACAUAUCUAGUUUACGUUUUUGUUUUCGUUGCUUUUAAUUAAUAAGUGUAAUAUAAUUACUAAGGCAUUUUUUGCAGAAAUACGAAACGAAAUACGUUAUUAUUAUAGCACGCUCAUGCAAUUAUUAAAUUAUAAUAUACACACAUUUAAUUAAUUGCACAGAUGAGCCGUAUUAACCAGAACUACUUCUAAUAUUCUACUUAAGGCAAGAUUUAAAACAAUCUUAGUCUACGUUAAUCGCUUGGUUUUGUUUGGAAUUCGGUUGGCAAAUUCCAAAAACAGGUGAUAUACACUUACAAUUACAAAUAAAAUUAAAGUUUUAUUAAUAGUUAAUAUUAAUGCUAAAUAUACAUAUUAUUCAUCUGCGCAGGUUUUGUAA